CUUAGGAGGGAACUGUUUCAAACGUUCCUCAUAUUACUAGCUAUCUUCAACGGUUCCCGAAUUCAAAUUCUGUAUUUACAGUACUCUUUGAAGAGAAAGUUAUAGUAGCAGUAGUAGUAUUAAAGCAGCUCAAAUGGACAAUUUAUCAAACACUGAUGAACACUAUGAUCUGGGUUAUCAGCCUUCUCCUUGUUCCACCGAACAGAAUGAUCAGUCAACCACAGAAACUCCGGGGUGUUCGACGAUGAGCAGCGAUUCUUUCUUGUAUUUCCGGACUUAUUCGGGGACCUCGGCUUUUUCGGAGACGGUUGAUGAUCAUAGUUGUUGUAGUGAAGGUUCACCUUGGCCAGCAAGAAAAUCUGGGGCUCAGAAAUUGACUGUUCUUACAAGGCUUGGAACAAAGCAGCUCAAAAGCAACGUAGAUGAAAAGCUUGAUGCAUUGGAAUCAUUGGAUUUAGAACUUGAAAUGAUGAAGGAAAGAUUUGCAAAACUUUUACUUGGAGAAGACAUGUCAGGAAGUGGAAGAGGAGUCUGCACGGCUGUUACCAUCUCAAAUGCCAUAACCAAUCUUUACGCGACUGUAUUCGGGCAAAAUUUGAGGUUGGAGCCUUUGAACCCUGAAAAGAAGGCACUUUGGAAAAGAGAAAUGGACUGUCUUUUAUCUGUCUGUGAUUACAUUAUGGAAUUUGCUCCCACCAAGUCACAGAAUUUGCGUAAUGGAACAGCUGUUGAGAUAAUGGAAAGCAGACCGAGGUCGGAUAUUUACAUCAAUCUUCCGGCGCUGAGAAAAUUGGAUGCAAUGCUCAUUGAAAUACUGGAUAGUUUCCAGGAUAGAGAAUUCUGGUAUGCGGAGCAAGGGAGUAUGUCUUCAAAUUCGACCCGUACAGGCUCGUUUCGAAGAGUUGUUCAGAGGAAUGACGAGAAAUGGUGGGUGCCGGUGCCAUGCGUUCCUCCAAAUGGUCUCUCUGAGAAGGCAAGGAAGCACUUGCGACACAAACGAGAGUGUGCUAAUCAAAUUCACAAGGCAGCUAUGUCAAUCAACAGCAGUGUUCUUUCUGAGAUGGAAAUACCAGAUUCAUACAUGGCCUCCCUUCCAAAGAGUGGGAAAGCCAGUAUUGGAGACGUGAUCUACCGCUUCAUGUACUCAUCAGAAAAAUUCUCCCCCGAAUAUCUGCUCGAUUGUCUCAAUAUAGCAUCCGAACACGAAGCACUUGAGCUUGCAGACCGUGUCGAAGCUUCGAUGUACACAUGGAGACGUAAAGGGUGCUUGAGCCAUUCGAAAUCAUCAUGGAGCAUGAUGAAAGACAUAAUGUCCGAUGUCGACCGAAGCGACAAAAAUCAUAUAUUAGCUGAAAGAGCAGAGAGCUUAUUAUUCGCCUUGAAGCAAAGGUAUCCCGAACUUUCACAAACGUCCCUAGACACCUGCAAAAUUCAAUACAACAGGGAUGUAGGGCAAGCGGUACUGGAGAGUUACUCAAGGGUGUUGGAAGGUUUAGCUUUCAACGUCGUUGCUUGGAUUGAAGAUGUGUUUUUUGUAGACAAUGCAACAAGAAACCCAGAGUGAAAAAGUAAUUUCCAGCCAGGAAUUUAUAUAUCAAAAAGAGGGCUAACUCAACCCCAAAGCCAUCUCUGCUGCUGAUUGAUUAAUGCUAAACCAAGCAUUUAAUUUCCACAU